CAGAAAUAGUGAACGACACUCAUAUGAAUUUGGAAGUCCAGGUGGAAUCGCCACAUGCAUUCCAUACGGGAAAACACGUAGCUGACGGCGGUGUGUGGCGGAGAUCCAUGGUGUAUCUGUACAUCAGCUACACGUGCCACACUCACGUUGCUUCCUGCUCAUGGUGCUUUGGCGGUGUAGAAUAGUACAGCAAACUGUGUCAUACCCGCCCUGACCCUGAACCAUGCAUCCCCCAGCCCCCCCUCCUCGGGGCUCCCUAUUCAAAUCCCUACCAACAGCAACAACACAAAGAGUACUCGCAUAGCUCGACACUGGAGAUGGCGGCAAGGUGGUUGAUACACCGAUCUUUACAACAACCAACCAACUAUCAGGCCUUAGUGACCGAACCGCGGCCAUCAUCUAGCCUGCGACAGUACACGUUCACCGGGGAAGAAGGGCCAUGUAUACCAGCGGAGCUGCUCACUGCGGCGUCGGCGGCGUCGGCGGCGACGACGGCGCAACAGCGAGCUCAUGGCAAGGGCCGG